AUCCCCAACGCAAUGGAGUUGUAACUGCUAACUCAACGUCCGGCUUUGUCUCAAAGCCAACCACAUGCCCAUUAACUUAUUUCUGAACAUAUCUUUUAUACCAAUACCUGCGUCUGUCUCCUGAAUUUCCUUGGAGACGUUCUGAUUAACCCUCAGCAAAGAUGGCGCCCAAGGCGAUGAUUCCCGUCCUGGUCACCAUGAUGCUGGUUACUGGGGUGUGCAAUACACUUCUUACAAAAUAUCAGGACAUGCAGUGUGUGCGAAACUGUGAUGAUCCGGAUCCCAAAAACCGGGUUGUUUUUGAGCAACCUGUGCUUCAGACAUUACAGAUGUUUAUCGGGGAAAUGGGCUGCUGGCUUGUUUUGUUUGGCAUCAAUAUGUGGAAUCGUCAUGUUAGGCCGCGUUGGGGAGGUUCCUCAGCACCUUUGAUUGCGGGAGGAUACGAGCCGGUUGGCGAUGGGUCGGGCGACCUGCCUCCAUAUGAUGAUGAUGCCGAAGAAGAUAUAUCAGCUCACGACGAUGUUGCGAAGUCGAAUGAUCAUGAUGAUUCCCGAACCAAGCUGCGAGGCAUGAAAAUCUUCCUGCUCGCUGCCCCUGCAUGCUGUGACAUAUCCGGUACAACUCUUAUGAACGUUGGCUUGCUCUUUGUAGUGGCAAGCAUUUAUCAGAUGACACGUGGAGCGCUCGUUCUAUUUGUCGGUCUGUUCAGCGUAUUGUUUCUUCGACGAAGACUAUAUAUGUAUCAGUGGAUGGCUCUGGUUUGCGUUGUCUUUGGUGUCGGCCUCGUGGGUCUCGCUGGUGCAAUUUUUAGAGAUCACCAUGAACCUAUGGAAGCCUCCCCCAAGGAUCUCGUCCAGCUUAUGUCCCGAGCCGCCCAAGAGCUUCAUGCAACCGCCAAAUCUCCUGAAGCUGUAAAGGUAAUCGUUGGCGUGCUCUUAAUUGCCGGAGCUCAGAUUUUCACUGCCACUCAGUUUGUUUUAGAAGAAUGGAUUCUUGAAAGAUAUGCCAUGAAUCCAUUAAAGGUUGUCGGUUGGGAGGGCAUUUUUGGUGCCGUGGUGACUACAGUUGGCAUGGGUGUCUUACAUCUCGCCAUUGGCCGAACAGAGCACGGCAGAUAUGGGUAUUUCGAUGCUGCUGAAGGGUGGAGAAAUAUGACAAAUAACAAAACAGUCGCUUUUUCUAGCCUUUUGAUCAUGAUCAGCAUUGGUGGUUUCAAUUAUUUUGGUCUAAGUGUUACCCGGUCUGUCUCGGCAACUUCGCGCAGUACAAUUGACACGUCCCGUACACUAUUCAUCUGGCUUGUGUCACUUGGACUUGGAUGGGAAUCUUUCAAAUGGCUACAAGUUGUGGGGUUUGCGAUGCUGGUAUAUGGCACCUUCUUGUUCAACGACAUUGUCCGUCCACCAUUGAAGGCUUGUCUUCCUAAGAGAUCGCCUGGGGAAGCCCACGAGAGCCUGCUUCCCGAGGAGCCAAUCGAGCACAUAUAAAUUAUACCCAAGGGGGAAACCGGAGUAUCAUUGUACUUUUUCUUCGAUCUUUGUUUUUCAGCGUCUAGAUAUAUACGCGAGAAGCGAUCUCCUAAGCACUCUCCGUGACGGCCGAAUGGGUAAUUCCCUCGGCUCAAUGGAACCUGAUAUACAAGUAUAGUUUUCGGUGAUUCGUUCCACUUUUUUUAUGACUUGAUUUUCAUAGGAUAAUAGCGAUUCUAUGAGGUUCGGGACUCGCAUUUUGGUGACGUCCUGGGAGUUGGCGAUUGUCAGCAUACAUAUUUCUAUGUUCAGAUUAGGACUCAAAGGCGUUGGGCGGUGGCACUCUUCAAAUACAUGUAGCUAGAAGCCGUCUUGGUUUCUCGAU